AUGAUGUUUCGCGACCAGGUCGGGGUGCUGGCGGGCUGGUUUAAGGGCUGGAACGAGUGCGAGCAGACUGUUGCGCUGCUGUCGCUGCUUAAGCGCGUGAGCCAGACCCAGGCCCGCUUCCUCCAGCUCUGCCUGGAGCACUCGCUGGCCGACUGCGCCGAGCUGCACGUCCUCGAAGGCGAGGCCAACAGCCCCGGAAUCAUUAACCAAUGGCAACAGGAAUCCAAGGAUAAAGUGAUUUCCCUCCUGUUAACUCAUCUGCCUUUGCUGAAGCCAGGAAACCUUGAUGCAAAAGUAGAGUAUAUGAAACUGCUGCCCAAAAUCCUGGCUCACUCUAUUGAACACAACCAGCACAUUGAGGAGAGCAGGCAGCUACUGUCCUAUGCUUUGAUACAUCCGGCCACUUCGCUGGAAGAUCGCAGCGCGUUAGCCAUGUGGCUGAACCACUUGGAGGACCGCACGUCGACCAGCUUUGGCGGCCAGAACCGAAGCCGCUCAGACUCUGUGGAUUAUGGGCAGACGCACUACUAUCACCAAAGACAGAACUCCGAUGACAAGCUCAAUGGGUGGCAGAACUCUCGGGAUUCUGGGAUUUGCAUCAACGCCUCCAACUGGCAGGACAAAAGCCUGGGGUGUGAGAACGGCCACGUGCCCCUCUACUCCUCCUCAUCUGUCCCCACCACAAUCAAUACAAUUGGAACCAGCACAAGUACAAUUCUCUCAGGCCAGGCACACCACAGCCCUUUGAAACGAUCUGUGUCCCUUACCCCACCCAUGAAUGUGCCAAACCAGCCUCUAGGACAUGGAUGGAUGUCUCAUGAGGACUUACGAGCUAGAGGACCCCAGUGCCUCCCAUCCGAUCAUGCCCCCCUGUCUCCACAAAGCAGUGUAGCCUCUUCAGGAAGUGGUGGGAGUGAACACUUAGAAGAUCAGAACACUGCUCGUAACACAUUCCAAGAAGAAGGUAGUGGUAUGAAAGAUGUUCCGGCCUGGUUAAAAAGCCUCCGCCUGCACAAGUAUGCUGCGCUUUUCUCCCAGAUGACCUACGAGGAAAUGAUGGCCCUCACUGAGUGCCAGCUGGAGGCUCAGAAUGUUACCAAAGGUGCAAGACACAAAAUUGUCAUCAGUAUUCAGAAGCUCAAAGAAAGACAAAACCUCCUGAAGUCUUUGGAAAGGGACAUCAUCGAGGGGGGCAACCUGCGCAUCCCACUCCAGGAACUGCACCAGAUGAUCCUGACUCCUAUCAAGGCCUACAGCUCCCCGAGCACCACCCCCGAGGCUCGCCGCCGGGAGCCCCAGGCUCCGCACCCGCCCUCACUGAUGGGCCCUGAGGGCCAGAGCCCCGACUGCAAAGACAGUGCCUCGGCCGCCGGGGCCACAGCCACCACCUCGGCUGGGGCCAGUGGCGGGUUGCAGCCACACCAGCUGAGUAGCUGUGAUGGGGAGCUGGCCGUUGCCCCCCUGCCGGAGGGGGAUCUCCCCGGGCAGUUCACACGUGUCAUGGGGAAAGUGUGCACACAGCUCUUGGUCUCCAGACCUGAUGAGGAAAAUAUAAGUUCCUAUUUACAGCUCAUAGACAAGUGUCUAAUUCAUGAGGCAUUUACAGAGACUCAGAAAAAAAGAUUGUUGUCAUGGAAACAGCAGGUGCAGAAGCUCUUUCGGUCUUUCCCUCGGAAAACCCUUCUAGACAUAUCAGGAUAUCGACAGCAAAGAAACCGUGGCUUUGGGCAGUCCAACUCCCUCCCGACAGCCGGCUCUGUGGGCGGCGGUAUGGGCCGACGGAACCCCCGCCAGUACCAGAUCCCCUCCCGGAACGUCCCUUCCGCCCGCCUGGGCCUCUUGGGCACCAGUGGAUUUGUCAGCUCCACCCAGCGCAACACCACAGCCAACCCCACCAUCAUGAAACAAGGAAGACAGAACCUCUGGUUUGCCAACCCUGGGGGCAGCAACAGCAUGCCAAGCCGCACCCACAGCUCAGUCCAAAGGACCCGCUCGCUGCCCGUGCACACUUCUCCACAGAAUAUGCUGAUGUUCCAGCAGCCAGAAUUCCAGCUUCCUGUGACUGAACCGGACAUCAACAACAGGCUGGAGUCCUUGUGCCUCAGUAUGACCGAGCACGCCCUGGGAGACGGGGUUGACCGGACCUCCACAAUCUAGAAGCUGAAGAUGAGAGUGACCGCGCUGGCCGUGAAAUCGACUGCUGCGGGUCCAGUGUCAGCCAUCUUCAGGGUUGCACAGAAUCCUCGGAGAUACUUUGCAGCCUUUUUUUUCCCCUGGUCCCUCUCCCAUUUUGAUUUUGUGAGAGCGUAGGUCGUCCUUGUAAACAUACCAGUAGACCGGGGAUUGGUUAUUUUGUCAUUUGUUUCU